AUGGGUGAAUUGCCUAAUAUGUUGGAAGAAAUCUACAUGAGUGGCCUUAUGGAUGAUCAUAUCGACGAAGAACCUACUAGUUUGGAGAAUGAGGAUUUGCAGAAGUUCAUUAAGUUAUUUGAAGAUGCUCAACGCAAAAUUUACCCAGCAUGUGAGAAGUUCUCUGUGUUGUCAUUCGUUAUUAAGAUGCUUCAUGUGAAGGUGUACAACAAAUGGAGCAACAAGUCAUUCGAUAUGGUUAUGCAGGUAUUCAAGGACAUUCAACCAGAAUGUGAUCAAACUAUUCCAUGGACACUCUAUCAUGCUAAGAAGUUCUUACGUGACUUGGGUUUGGGAUAUGAAACCAUUCAUGCGUGCAAGAAUGAUUGUGCACUAUUUUCGAAGGAGAAUGCGAAUUUGGAGAAAUGCCCCAUAUGUGACGAGCCUAGAUACAAGUUGAACAAUGAUGGAGGACGAUCGGCGCCUGGAAGAGACAUUGAUGUUUACCUGCAACCAUUAAUAGAAGAAUUGAAAAAUUUGUGGGAGCAUGGUGUGCAAACAUAUGAUGCAUCGAAUGGCCAAAUUUUUAGAAUGCAUGCAGCAGUCAUGUGGACCAUUAAUGACUUCCCUACAUAUGGUAACAUGUCAGGGUGGAGUACAAAGGGUUACUUGGUUUGCCCUAAUUGUAACAUGAAUGCAUCGUCACAGGGUUUGAGAAGUAAGAUAGGGUACAUGGGUGCUCGUCGCUAUUUGCUUGAGAACCACAAUUGGCGAAGGAGUAAGCUCUUCAACGGUCAAAUUAAGGACAGGUCCAAACCUAUGGACUUAUCGGGGGAAGAAAUAUUAGAGCAAAUUGAUUGUGGGACUUACAAGCCGUAUGGAAAGCACCCACACAAUCGAAAACGACAAAGGAAUGAAAAUCCAAAUUUGAAUUGGACAAAGAGAUGCAUUAUAUUUGACUUGCCCUAUUGGAAAAUGUUGAAGCUUCGACACAACCUUGAUGUCAUAUAUUGA